AUGUUUGUUGCCGGUCGAAUAACUAGGCUCAUAAAACGAUAUUGCAGUUUGAUAGGCCGCCGGGAGACCGAAUGUGCGGACUGCCACUUAACUGCAUUAUUACUUAUCUGUCGUCCCCCGCCACCUCCCUCCACCUACAUCUCCCUCAGCCCUCCAGGACGGACGCUGGAGUACUGCGACCAAACGACGCAAUUACUGCACUUCAUAUCUCAAUCACUUAAAUUGUCGAUAAUAAUUGGUCCAAUAGUAGAAGUUGUAAGGAAGAAAUUCAUAAGACAUGAAACUACAAAACUGCUAGAUCACAUAAUGGGUAGCGUUGCUAACAAUGUGUGUGACGCGGGAAGACAGGGUCAGCGUAUGACUCUAUACUCUAGUGCCUUGUACAAGUUUACGACCACGGCUCAGGCUUUACGACACCCCGCUGCUGAGGCCACGGGAAUAUUACAACAUAAUAAAAAUUGA